AUGGACUGGGCUGUGAUCGACAUUCAGGGGCCGGGACGAAAUGUAAUUCCAACUCCGAGUUUCGCUCAAGCGAGCGAGGGACACGUUGUCACAGAGUUUGCCGAGGUUUCUGGCACAACAGAGGUCUACGGAGUCGGCCGCACUAGUGGCUACUCCUUAGCAUACACUUCCGACGUUCCUGGACUCCAGUACUUCAACGGCGGGUACCACCGCGAGUGGACAGUCAGACAACACACCCUCAGCACCGAAGCUGCACACCAGCUUCCGGAGGGUGGCCUUGAAACUGUGUCCUCAGACCUCGCAGAUCAGAUAAAGUCAACAGAGGAAUGGAUCACCGGAGGUGUUGGUGUCCCAGGAGACUCGGGGGCAUGGCUCAUGACCCGUGAUGGCGAUCGCGUUAUCGGCCAUGUUUGGGCCCGGAGCACAAGUUAUGGCCCCAUCAACAACCAAAGGUUGACGUACUUUACCCCUUUUGUGGACCUCAAGGCCGACAUUGAGGACAACACGUCCUACUGA